AACGCUUCAAUCAUGGAUCAAUAGCUGGCUAUGGCUUAGUUUUUAACAAUAACGGAGCGUGUACUGAUAUAAUUCCCUGUCUGAAAAUUCGAAGAUAAUAUUUUAUAUGGAGCCUAGAUAAAUAUACUCGACAACUUUAAUUGUUAAAAGGUGUUAUUAGUUUGGAACUAUUGAUUAAGAAAUUACUCUCGUGAUAACUUGCAAUCAUUUUUAUUGCGCAAUAUAUGUGAGUUAAUUCGGAGCAUCAUCAUCCGUGAGUGAAUGAUGACUACGGCGGGCAUCGACGAAAAGCUCGACGAGGUUCUGCGACUAUUUCUCUCGUCGAAUUACAAUGUCGCUUCACCUACGUACCUCGAUCUACUGUUGACCCAAAUUUCCGAAAAAAUUGAUGAACCUACUCCAUUGAAUUCCAAACACAUUGCUGUCUAUACGAAAUGGUUGGAAAAGGCAUCCGCUGUCUGGUCUGUGGAGAACAAGCCAUGCCAAUCCAUAGCAAUUUUUGCUGUGAAACUGAUUGGCGUUAUUGGCCGGGAUGAGAAACGUUUUCAAAAUCUCCGUCAUAAUAUCCUCAACAAGAUAUGCAGCGCCUUGGAUCUGCACAGAGAUGAUUUAGGAGCAUCUCUUAAAAUGGCUUAUACAAUAAUGGUGACUGAAUUUGUUAAUCAUCAAACAGGAAGGGCCUGGAUUAAAGAGACCGGGGUUUGGCGAGACAUAGUAAAAUUUGCUCUACACAAUCAUACGUUGUACGUGACGCGUGAAAGUCAGCAUUUCAUCAGCUCUUUGAUACUCCAUGAAUCUCAGAAUGAAAAAUUUUGUGCAGAGAUGAUACUUAACCUGGCAAAGCCGUUAAUGGAAACGACCAUGAAUGGUCAGACACAGCCUUCUUUGGAGGACUUAUACUUACAUCAAAAUAAAGAUUUGUGCAAUUCGUUGAGAUUAAUAACAAGCAUACUAGAGGACACGAUAUUCUCGUCGCUGGACAAUAUGAUACCUGAUAUGUUUGAGAAUCUUAUAAAUCUCGAAUCACGCACCAGAGCACUUUUUCAGGCUUGUAUAAGCACACAAUUCUUCCAACACAUUCAUAAAUUGUGGAUUUUGUUGAACAUUAGAAUACUCAAACAAGGAAUUAUCGCCAAUCCGGGGCUCAUGGAUCUCGAAAUAUUUGAGAAAUUUCAGCAGGGUUUGCGAUUCGCUCAAAUGUUACUCUUGUCAAAAAAUUAUCUCAUCGAGUGGGGCAAAACUCUUAAAAUGUCGCUUAUCUAUUGGACCAAGCUACAGGGUGUUCACGAAUUCAUACUGCCUCUGGAACACAAGUUUGAACAUCAAGUAAUUGCUCUGCUGAUAACCCCAUUGGGAGCGUGCAUCAAAUCGCACUAUACCAAGGACCAUGACUUCUUCGAGAUGUUCAUUGACAAACUUUAUGACGUCACCUGCCAUCCGGUACAGAGAAUGGUCUACAACAUCAGAACUAUCAUUGGAGGGAACGACAAUCUUCCACUCGAACAAAUAUGUAAGGCAACGAUAGACACUGUGAUGGAACUCCAAGACGUUAUGGACAGGGAUCUAGCAGUUAUAGCAUUUCAAAUGAUGUGUCACGUCUUGAAAAAUUACAUUCCUCGAAAUUGCUGCUUCUCGAACGAGCCUGAACAGCCGAUUUCUCAAGACCAACAAAUCAGGCCAAUGAGAAAAUCUAUUCUCGACGGUGAUCCUAUCGUUGAAGUUCCAGUUUUAUUGUCCGCUCUUCUCAACAGCAUUGCACUGCUAGCUGAAAAAUUCAAAUUUAAGUGGAAAGAGUGCGUCGAAACAACGUGCGUAUUGUUUCUCGCCGAACAAAUAUUACAGCAUCCUGGUCUACAACCAAAAAUUUGCGUUCAAGCACUGAAGCUCUGUAAACUUGCGAUUCAAGAUUUCAUGCCACCGAAUUUGGCUUUACUCAUCGAUUCUGACUGUCACACGAAUUCGGUGGGACCGACGUUGUACAAAAGACUCCACGAUCCCAAUUGGGAAGUUCGUGACAGCGUUUUUGAAACUCUGAACACAAUUGCUGUGAUAUCAGAGGAUAAAUUUCCGGCGUUUCAAAACUUUCUGUUGGUCAACCAGUUUCUCCAGCUCGCUACAGACAUCGCAGUGACCGAUGGCGAGAGUUACGUUAGAGCGUCCGCUCUGACGUUUAUAUCAACCACCGUCCGUAUAAACAAACUUUGGGACGAAAAAUUAUCACAGCUCAAUUUACCAGAAAUAGCCAUAAAUUUGCUCAAAGAAGAGAGCGAAGGCAUCGUUCGAAAAGAGGCAGUGACGCUAAUCAAAGAAUUGUACUUAAAUCGGAAAUGGCCAAAAGUCACAAUCAAAGCAAUGACCGAGGUGAUGGCUGAAGCGGCGGUUCUCGAUCUUCACUGGGAAGUUAAAGUGAAUGCUCUUGAAUAUUGGCGUCACGUCAUAAUAUCGCACUUGACCGAUCAGGGAAUGCUAGAUGGAUCGUUUCCAAAUAUGACGUUUUCGAAAGAACAUAGAAAAAUCGUGGCUCUAGAUGAAUCAGAGAUAAAGCGUCGUCUGAACAAAGCUCUCGAAGAAUUGGCAAAACAGAGUUGUCUCGGUGUUUUACUAGCGACGCUUGAGGACGAGAGUGAUUUUGAAGUUUCAAAAGCUUCAGCUGCAAUCAUUUUGAGGCUAAAGAAAUUUUUACUGAAAUACAAAAUAAACGAACCUCAAGCCCCUUAUCCAGCAGCCAAGGACAGCGCUACGUUGGACUCUGUGUAUGUGAAAGAAAGCGCGAAUUUUUCCGAAGCUGAAAGUAGCAAGAUACGAGAAGAUUCAUCGAGUGUCAUCGACGAGAUCGUCGAUGCUAAUGAUGCCAGUCUCUUGGUAUCGUUGUACAAAAACUCCAUGAAAAUGGAAGGGGAUGAUGCCGACAUGCACAAAGAAACACUCAAAUGUAUAUCCAGAAUUACUAAGGACGAGUUUUUACGUUCGAUUCUCACAAACGACAUUGAAGCCUACAUCGAGGAGAGGAAACGUUGGCUCAAAACUUAUACCUGCAGCUUUGAAUCUAUUCUUGAAGAUAUUAUUACUGCGCACGAAUCUACGAACGUUAAUUCAAUGGAUUGUUAUUAAGUUUUACAAUGUCAUAAUACUAAUACUAAUAAUAAUAAUAAUAAUAAUAAUAGUUGCA